GCACCACUCAACCACAGCACCACAUCAACCACAGCACCACUCAACCACAGCACCGCCACCAUCAGGACUAUCACCACCACCACCACACACACCGCCACCAUCAGGACUAUCACCACCACCACCACCACACCCUACCCCCAACAAUAA